UCUGUACUAAACAAUCCAAUAAGAACUCGAUCAUCUGUACUAAAAGAACCUGUAAGAAAAGUCCUAUAAUUUUUGACAAGAAAGAAAAAUUUAAAUAAAAUGACCAUAACAGACGCAUAUGACUACACAGAUCUGUUAAGAGAAAAGCUAGUUGCCAGUGGCAAUAUAGUGAAACUAUCAAAAGAAUUUAAUAACAUUAAGGAUAACUCAGAACGAGUCAAGUUCCUAGAAAGACUUUUAUUGGAAAAUAAUUUGAUCCCAAAAGCUGAAGACUUUAAAAAACCGAAAGACAAUGCAAUAUCCAAAGAUUUUAGAGAUAUAGGAAAUAAGUUCUAUAGUAACCGACAAUAUAUUGAAGCUUUGGAAUAUUACAAUAAAUCUCUGUGCUUUGCAGAGGCUAAUGGAGAGAACAUUGGACUAGCUUUUGCUAAUCGCUCAGCAAUUUACUGCGAGUUGAAACACUACAAUCGAGCACUAAAGAACAUAGAAAUGGCAAUCAGCAACAAUUAUCCACAAAAGAAUCUCGAUAAAUUAAUGAAACGAAAAGAACUCUGUGAAAGUAAUAAAAACAAUGAUCAAGAGAAGUUCGCAUACAAAGCAAUUGGUGAAGAAAACUUAAAAUUAAGUCACGAACCAAAUCCAAAACUUCCAUUCAUAGCUAAAUGCUUAGAAUUGAAGUCUGACGAUCAAUUUGGACGAUAUGUAGUCACAAACAAGAGAUUAUCAGCUGGUGAUAUUAUUGCUAUUGAAGAACCAUUCAGCAAAUGCGUCCUUCCAUCAAGUAGCUACAGAUAUUGUGUAAACUGCUUAACUGACAAUUUCUUGGAUCUCAUACCUUGCAAAUCAUGUUCAGCUGUCAUGUUUUGUUCUGAACAAUGCCGCGAAAUCGGAACCAACAAGUUCCAUAAAUACGAAUGCAAUAUUAUUGAUGCAUUAAAUGCAAUUUAUACGAAAAUUAUGAGAAUCUCUAGUCAUACAUUCUUUGAAGCACUUCAUGUAUACAAUUCCGAUAUACAGCAAUUAAUAAGUGCAAUGAAUGAGAAUGCAAAUGCAUCAGUUACGGUCUAUGAUUUUGAUUUUGAAGGUGAAAGUGAUGAAGAUGUAAAGAAGAAAAUGUUUAUAGCCAUUGACUCACUUGUAACGAAUGAACAGUAUCGAGGCCCUAGUGAUUUAUUUCAACGUGCUGGAAUCGUGGCUAUAAUGACUAACUUACUAUUUAGUCAAACAGAAUUAAUGAAUUUAUUAAUGUCCGAAAGUGAUAAAAACUUUUAUCGUAAAUUCAUUAUGAAGCAGACACAAAUAGCUGCUCUUAAUUACCACGGCAUAUUUGAUGGAAUAUUAACAAAGUCACAAUUAAAUGAUAAUGUCCAAAGUGGAUCAGCAAGUUAUCCAUUCUGUUCGCUUAUUAAUCAUUCAUGCGCACCAAAUCUAGUUCGAGUCUCAUAUAAAUAUAAAAAUUAUAUUAUGGUAAAUCGUCCGAUUGAGAAAGGUGAGCAGCUAUUUGACAACUAUGGAUAUCAUCACUGUUUAGAAAGUUUUCGUCAACGACAAACCUCUUUAAAUAAUCAAUACAUGUUUAAAUGCACAUGUGAUGCAUGUGUUCACGAUUAUAAGCUCUUCCCGCAAUUAAAAUAUGCUACAAAAGUUUUUGAUAAUUUCAUCGGCAAUGACGUAAAGGAAUUACAAGAUUUGAACAUGAAAACGGCUCAACGACGCUUAAAGGACUAUUGUAAGAUGAUUAACAAGCUUGAUAGACACUAUCCUUGUCGAGAGAUUUCAUCUCUUCAAGAAUGCUUGUUAAGGUGCUUCUUCAUCUUCAAAUUGUCGACAUUCAAUCUGGAACUCUUAAAAUAUAAUUAACACUGCAAUUAUUUACUGCGCCUAACACCCGAAU